GGAAAAAUUUAAACAUAAUUCAGGUGGUGGCCUCUCAACCCCAUCGCCAGACACACAGUUGAUGGACAAUGCCAUCAAUGAAAACCAUGAAUCAAGCUCAGCUAUGAUCCCACCUGAGUGAAAUUUGCUAUGACCCAGUGUUAACAAUCAAUAAAACCACAUUGACCCUCUUUGAACAUUUUUAAAACUUCAUCUUAGCAAAACGUGCACUUGAUUUGAACAUUUUAGAUGUAGCAAAACAUCUAUAAAUAACACCUGAAAGAAGUGUUUUUGUCACACAUGUGGCUAUCAAAUAUUCUUCUCACUUCUUUCUCUCACUUAUCUGCAUGAAAUCAGCUUGACUCAGCUGACUGAGAUCAUAAUGAAAGUGAAAUGUGUGGCCACUGUGAUGGAAGUCGAUCAGCUGGUCUGUGAGUUUAUAGUCUCCAGGGGAUAGAUUUUAUUCUCUCUUCAUAUCGGCGAUGAUGUGGGUCUACUGGACACACUUUCAGCUCGUGUUUGAUACAAUUAAAGUGAAACUGCUGUAAGAGGUUAAUCCCCUGUUGUCACACAGAUGGCAACGGUAGUUUCGUACACAAUACAAAAGACAACUAUUUUAAAAGUGCAUUGCAUCAUACCAUACAUGUUAUGUAUGUCAGUCUUGUCACAAAAACCUUCUGCACUGCACUCUUGGGUAAUAUCACUGGUUACUCUUGUGUUUAAAUGCCAAUAAAAGGCAGAGAGUUUUACAUUACAUCUUAUAGCAAAGUUCAACUGCAGCUGAGAACAUUAUUCCAUAGCACUUAAACUGAGAUUGUUUGUUCAUAGGGAUAAUAUUUAUAAUUGUAUAUUAUAUUGUAUAUUGUAUAUCAUGUUUAUAAUUAUGUUUUUCUUUUUUUCAGUUGAAAAUUGUUUCUUCAUCAGUUGGUAAGAGCUGGCAAUUUUUUUCAACAGUAACAACAACAACAACAACAGUACUGUACAAGUAUGUAUACAAAUGCAUCUUCGGCGGUCUUACUAACAUUGGAAACACUGGGCUUAUCUGAUGCAUAUAUUUAUCCAGCAUUUGUUUUUGGGACUUUGACAUAUCUGUUUAUUAUGUUUUUCAACUUGUUGGUAUUAACAACUAUUGCUUGGAGUAAAAAGCUACACAAGCCCAUGUUCAUCCUGCUGUUCAACUUGCCCAUUAGUGACAUGGUGGGUGCUACAGCUUUUUUUCCUCAGCUUGUUUUCAGCAUUGCGACACAGAACAGACUGAUUUCCCAUCCUGUAUGUAUUACUCAGGCUUUUUUGAUUCAUGUUUAUGGUACAGGAAACUUGCUGAUCUUGAGUGCCAUGGCAUAUGACAGAUAUAUUGCUAUAUGUUGUCCUUUGAGGUAUAAUGCCAUCAUGAGUCCACAUAACUUAGUUAGAAUUAUUAUUAUAAUAUGGUUUAUAAAUUUCUCAUUAAUAGUCACGUUGAUUUCAUUGCUUGCACGGUUCAAAAUUUGCAGAACAAGUAUAGUGGAUUUGUACUGUAACAAUCUAUCAUUAUUGAAACUGGCCUGUGAGGACACCAGAGUGAACAACUACUAUGGACUGUUUUCUAUAGUCUUACUUCAAGGUGGACCACUGUCAAUAAUAAUGUACACAUAUGCACAGAUUUUGCGUACAUGUGUCAUGACUAAUCAGUCUGAUGCCCGGCAAAAAGCCAUUCAGACAUGUGGCUCGCAUUUAGUGGUUUUCUUAAUCCUAGAAAUCAAUACUCUAGUCACAUUCAUUGCUCAUCGCAUUGAGAGUGUGUCCCCUUUUGUGAGAAGGGCUCUUGGUGUGUCAGUUUUAGUUUUCCCCCCCAUUUUGGACCCCAUUAUAUAUGGACUGAAAACCACGGAACUCAGGCAGAGCGUAAAAAUGUUUCUAAAAAGAAAUGUAGCUGCAUCAAAGCUGUAACACGGUUUUGGGUUUUGACUUUUGGCUUUCCUAUGAAAUAUUUUACAUUCAUGUGCGGGAUUAAACCUUUAUUUUUCAAAUUUUAUAUAUAUAUGUACAGUCUAAACUAAAGACGACUUCCAAAUCCAGUAUAAUUUAAUCCUUUGAGCAAAAAUAUGUCAUGCGUUCUUUCACAAUGGACAAUAAAUACAUCACGUUACAUGUUUCUUCAUCUGAUGAUGUUUUUUGGAAAAUUUUUGAUAAUUAAUUUAAAUUGUCUGUAAAUUAUCUAACCUUUUAAAAAUACUACACAUCACAUGAGACAGCUGAGGUCAUUUCUCUUCCUGAGAGAAUCUAUGAAUUCCUUCUACUGUAAGUCAUUUUUAAUAAAUUAUAAGGAGUAUGAUGAACAAAUAUGAAUAUAUGGACAAAAUCAUUGCUGUGAAUAAAAGAAAAUUAGAGCAGUUGCACCUGCAUCCAUAUUUGAAUUAAAAUGAGAAAAAAUACAUAUACAUUCUGCUCUGUGUAAAACUAAUGUAAUGUAAUGUAAUGUAAUGCAAUUGUGACUACAGAUAUUUAACGUUUUCUAAUAUGUGGAUUAUAAUAUGAGCUAUUGAUGUGGAAAUGAAAAACAAAGAUGUAUUUUCCUUUACAAUGGAAAUUAUGUGGCAAUGUGCAUAUAUAUAUAUUUGUCUUUUACAAUAAAACAAAAGGAAAUUAAAUCAGA